AGCGCAACGCGAACAGACCCCGCGACUGUCCAGCACGAUCUGAUGCAUAUCCCCCAGCUCACUGCCUAGCUUGUCCGGCACAGCCUGUCUGUCUACGUCAAUCUAAUCUGGACUCUUGUGGUAUCUGCGAUCAGGAUCUGCGCAUUACUGCCAGGUUCUGGCUCUCUUCUGCCGGGCGUGUCUUUUCGCGUCUUUCCCGCUUCCCGGCGCGCUUCUUCCGGCACAUUAUUGCUCUCUGAGUGUCGCGCAUGAAUCCUGCAGCUGGACGCACCAAGAGCCACUUCGCAGAGGUAAACCAGCCACAUGGCUUCCAAUAGCCACCACGCAUCGCGUCCGAGCUUGCCCAUGUCGUACUCGCAGGGCAGUAUCGGAUCGGCUCAUGGGAUGGCCAUGUCGCAAUCUCGUAUGGGAUCGUUCAAUGCGUCCCAGUCGGUAGCGUCGACACCGGGGGCGACUCCUCCAAGGGGGUCACAGCAGUCCAAUAUGUCCUUCAGUUUCACCAACGGGAUGGGACACAACUCAAGGUCGAGAGGAAGCUUUGGCGGAUACGAUGAUACGAACACAUAUGGGGCCAUGGCCCCAUAUCAAGAGGAAUAUCAGCCUCAGAUCUACAGAGCUGUGUACUCGAAUGUGUCCGUGUAUGAAAUGGAGGUCAACGGAGUGGCGGUCAUGAAACGACGGGCCGAUUCCUGGUUAAACGCAACCCAGAUCCUAAAGGUUGCCGGUGUUGUCAAGGCCAGACGGACGAAAACGCUGGAGAAGGAAAUUGCUGCCGGGGAGCACGAAAAGGUUCAGGGCGGUUACGGCAAGUAUCAGGGUACCUGGGUAAACUACCAGAGGGGUGUGGAACUUUGUCGCGAAUACCAUGUCGAAGAGUUGCUGAGACCACUGCUGGAGUACGAUAUGGGCCAGGACGGUGUCAGUUCAGCGGGUCAAGGGUCAUUGGAUACGCCCACAAAAGAACAGGCAAUGGCCGCUCAGAGAAAGCGGCUUUAUAGCGGCGCUGACAACAGAGGUAUGAGCCAGCCACCGCAAGGCACUUUUUUCCAGAAUAUCUCCCGCACGGCCGCCAGUGCAGUCAAUGCAAUCAGCAAAGCUCGAUUCGACUCUCCCGCAGCACGGGGAAUGGAUGGUAGACGAUCGAGCAUGAUGAGAAAGCCAUCGCACCAAAUGGGCAGCCAGGAAUCCCAGGUCUUCUCGAACAGCCAGCAGAGCAUGUACAGCAACGCUUCUGACAGCGGAUUUGCGAGCAAUAUGCAGCACAGUGGACGCAGCAUGGGUGUCCAUGGAAAUUCGAGCCUUGGCCAAGAAGAUGCGGCGGAACCUCCUCGCAAGAAAAUCAGAUCAUUCUCCAACCAGGGCUCUUUCACAGGGGGAAACACGAAUGCCGACCUGUCGAUGCAUGACGCCACGCCAACGGAACCCAGCGACUCGUUCUACCAGCAGAUGGACGGAUCGGCCUCUGUCGCUGAUGGGCAGAAACGUGGACUAGAGCCACUUGCUCCGGCGACGACUCCAGAGAGGUUUCAGAAGAUGAAGCUCAUCAUGACACUAUUUCUGGAUAAACGGGCGAAAGACUUUUCGAACCACCCAGCCUUCCUGCAGCUUUCCGGGGAAGACCUGGAAAUUCCUCUUGACGAGUAUCGCAACAGCGCUCUGCACUGGGCGGCCAUGCUUGCUCGCAUGCCGCUGGUGUAUGCAUUGGUUGAGAAGGGAGUCAGCAUCUAUCGGCUCAAUCUCGCUGGAGAAACAGCUCUCCAGAAAGCAGUGGGGACGAGGAAUAAUCUUGACUACCGGACUCUCCCGCGUCUAUUGCAAGUGCUCUCUCCGACGAUUGAUAUGGUCGAUUACAAUGGCCGGACUGUGCUCCAUCAUAUUGCUGUGAUGGCAGCCACCGGCGGCGGAGGCCAUGUCUCAGCAAAGCACUACCUUGAAGCUCUCUUAGAAUUCAUCGUCCGGUACGGAGGGACUGCCAUAGAUUCCUCCGGUAGACCUAGUGGGACUGGAGUGAAUGCAGGCGGGGACAAGACUGAGAAGAGUGAAGUGAUCACCCUCGGUCGUUUCAUCUCAGAGAUUGUGAACUUGCGCGACGACCAGGGCGACACGGCACUGAAUCUUGCAGGUCGUGCGCGGUCGGUCCUUGUUCCGCAGCUUCUCGAAGUUGGAGCAGACCCUCACAUCCCCAACCAUACCGGCCUGAGACCUGCAGAUUAUGGGGUCGGUGUCGACAUGGUGAACGGAAAUUCGCAGUCCCAGCAGAAUGGGAACAACGAUUCCUUUACGGAUCAGCUGGCUAAGACGAAGAAGGACAUUCUUGAUGGUAAGACGUUCGUAUAUUGUUUGGGUUUUCCAGAUACUAACUUCGACAAUAGCAACCAUUGACCAGAUCAGAAU